AUUUUAAUGCAGUACCCAUUUCAAAUCUUUGUCCCAGGGUUACAAAGCUUGUGUUUUUAGUAAAAAGGACCACUUUACUUAGUAGGAAAAAGAUGGGUUUGUGGGGGGUUUUGUCUGGAGGAGCGUUAUUCUAAGAUGGGUGUUUUGUUUUUGGUCGAAUGAGAUGGGUAUUUUGUAGUGGGAAAAGAGUGAUAAUUUUUCCACAGGCCAUUUAGUCUAGACUGGAAGAGUGUUAUUCGGAGUCUUCUGGUUUCCAGCUUCAGCAGUGAGUGUUAUUCGGGGUCUUCUGGUUUUCCAGCUUCGGCAGUGAGUGUUCUUCGGGGUCUUCUGGUUUCCAGCUUCCCCUGCGUGAUUUUCUACUUCUGAGCUGGUUUUGUGCGCAGGAAACUGAGCUGCUAUUCCAGAUAAUUUAGCUCAAUAAUCCUAGCAGGUCAUCUUGGCAUGAUUUCUCUUAAGGCACUGAAGCUCUGAAAAGACACAUUUAAGAUUCAGCAUAACUCUCUCUUUUCCUUUUGGAAUUUUAGAGAGAUAUUUCAGUUUAAGCUCCAUUAAAGGCGACAGAAGAGGGUGGAAGGUUUCGUUCCCCAUUUUCUGGAUAUGAUGGGUGAAAGAGGGCUGGGGAGAAUUCUUCUGCUUCUACUUUCAUUCUUGCCCAUUGCCUUGGGUGCAUUUGUGGGAAUAAACGUCGGUACCCUUGUUUCUAACCUGCCAGAAGCUUCAGAUAUAGUAGCAGUCUUAAAAUCCCAUGAGAUAACUCAUGUGCGACUUUAUGAUGCCGAUGCUCACAUGUUAAAAGCCCUUGCUAACAGCGGGAUUGAUGUCAUGGUUGGUGUCACAAACGAGGAAGUUUUAGGGAUUGGAGAAUCUCCAGCAGCAGCGGCGGCUUGGAUUAACAAAAAUGUUGCCGCUUACCUGCCUGCAACUAAUAUAACUGCAAUUGCAGUUGGCAGCGAAGUUCUUACUUCAAUACCUCAUGCUGCUCCGGUUUUAGUUCCGGCAAUGAAUAACCUUCAUAAAGCUCUGGUUGCCUCUAAUCUCAAUUUUAUGAUUAAGGUCUCGACCCCACAAUCAAUGGAUGUGAUUCCGAGGCCCUUCCCUCCCUCCACCGCGGCCUUCAACUCUUCAUGGAACUCUACGGUGUACCAGCUGCUUCAAUUCCUGAAGAACACAAAUUCCUCGUACAUGUUGAAUGCUUAUCCAUAUUAUGGAUAUACUCAAGGGAACGGGAUUUUCCCACUUGAUUAUGCUCUUUUUCGACCACUGCCUUCAGUGAAGCAGAUUGUUGACCCGAAUACCCUUUUUCACUACAACAGCAUGUUUGAUGCCAUGGUCGAUGCUACUUAUUAUUCUAUCGAGGCCAUGAAUUUUUCUGGGAUCCCUGUUCUGGUGACAGAAACCGGCUGGCCUUGGUUUGGUGGAUCAAAUGAACCUGAUGCGACGGCAGAAAAUGCCGAAACCUUCGGCAACAAUUUGAUCAAGCGGGUGCUUAAUGGCUCAGGUCCACCUAGCCAGCCAAAUGUGCCGAUCAACACAUACAUCUAUGAGUUAUUUAACGAGGAUAAGAGACCGGGACCCGUGUCGGAGAAAAAUUGGGGUGUGUUUUUCACCAACGGGACUUCUGUGUAUCCUCUCAGCUUGGGCACAUCCAGUCGAGUCACGGGGAACUCUUCCGGGGUCUUCUGCAUAGCGAAGCUGGAUGCAGAUUCCGACAAGUUGCUAGAUGGGCUAAACUGGGCUUGUGGUCAAGGUCAGGCUAACUGCACGGCUAUUCAGGUAGGACAGCCGUGUUACUCGCCCAACACCGUGGUGAACCAUGCUUCGUAUGCCUACAAUGACUAUUAUCAGAAGAUGCAGAGUGUUGGUGGGACGUGCGAUUUUCAGGGCACGGCUAUGACUACUACGGUCAAUCCUAGUUAUGGAUCGUGUAAAUUCGCUGGGAGUUCAAACUCGAGCUCCAAUGUGAUCACCCCGUCCGCGUCUGCACCUUUCAGUCCUAUAGGCGGAGGUUCACCAACUUCAGCUGUGCUAGCCUCCGAACUAAAGUACGUGAUUUGGGCUAUCUCCGUUGCUCUAAUGUCGCUUUGACGAAGGGGCAUGGGCCCUAUUCGGCUAGAGCAGUCGAUAGCGAGUUACCGGUAGAUCUCGGCUGUGAUGUAAUUGGUGGGAGAUUCUUGAGCUUAGUGAGGGUUCUUGUUCAUUCAUCCCUUCUCAUUUUUUUGUAUGCGCUGAGAGAUCCUUCUUCCGUUGAGUUCCUCCUUGUCUAUUUUAUGUCACUGUAGCAUUUGAUUCUAGAAUCUGUGGAUAGAGCAUGAUUCUUUGGAGGGGGGGGAGAUGAGAAUGGACCAAUGUGACUGGCGAUUGCCUUGCCUGCUUGCAAAUUUCCUCUAAAAUCAGCCACCAAAUUAUGGUGGAGAA